AUGGUGGAUGUGGAUCCACGAUGUGCCAUGUGUGGAAUAUCUCAAGAAGACACAAUGCAUGCUUUAGUGUUGUGUGAUUUUGCAAAGAACAUUUGGAAUAAAUCUAACCUCACAAUCCCCAAUAUAGUCACAAAUGUUUUUCAUGAUUGGUUUGGUGAACUCUUAAAUGUUCUAGACUCUGAUGGGAUGUUAUAUGCAGCAGCAAUUCUUUACAAUGUUUGGAGAGCAAGGAACAGGGCGGUCUGGGAGGCAACUUUACCGCGCCCGGAGAUGGUACUCAAGGCCGCCGCUGCUGCCAAGUUAGCAUGGACGCGGGCGCACCCACUGCCCACGGCCCGAACUACUACGCUGCCAAUCGAGCCGGUUCAACUGCAAGGGGAGUUCGGGCUGCAUGGUGUCGAGCUGCACACUGCCGAGACGCCACAUGGUCCGCCGAGGAGGCUGUGUCGUGUAGAUGGGGGAUUUAUGCAAGGGACGGGCCAAGCUAUAUUUGGGGCGGUCUUACUAGAUACGAACGGAGGCUACGUCUCGGCAUACAGCGGACCGCUACAAGGAUGUUCCUCGCCACUUAUGGCCGAGGCGCUCGCAUGUAAAGAGGCUCUAUCAUGGUUGAAGGAUCGGGGGGAACAGAAUGCCGAGAUAUAUACGGACUGUUUGACACUACACCACUAUCUUACGACACCAACCGUUGUGUUGCGCACAUAUCUAGGCUAUGCCAUUGACAGCUGCAGAUUUAAUGCAUCUUCGUUUCAGUCUUGUUCGUUCCAUUUAAUUCCUAGAUUAGAUAACUAUUUAGCUCAUGCUUUAGCUACUACGGCUUACCAGCAAUUUGCUGCCAUGUAUUGGGAUCUGCUCCCACCAGAUAUUAUUUCGGCAUAUUUUUAA